AUACGCUUUUGCAUGUUAUGGGGAAAAUAAUAUUAAUAAUAAUAAAUACAAAAUUCUAGUCAGUAUUAGAAGGAACCUCGAAUAAUGGUAAAAAACAAAAGUUAUGCGCGAUUUUUAAAAUGACAUCUAAAAUAACGCUAUUUCAAAUUACGCGGCUCUUUAUUUACUUUUUCGAAACAAAAGCAACGCGAAGUGUUUCCAAAAACUGAUUGACAUUUUUUAUCAUACCGUAUUCUGGUAUGUCACUUCGCUGUUAACAUGUAUAUUUUUCGUACAUUGGUUGCGGUCACACUCCGACUCAGGUGUCAAGCAAAACAGCUUUGAGAAAGCUCUUUUUAUUAACAAUUUAAGUUUCUACGAUCAAGCUGGAAUUGAUAAUAAAUUAAUAUUCAAUAAACUGUGAAAAUGUCGCAGUCUUUUGGCGAGGAAUUAUUAGGAAACUUGAGCUACGAACGCUCCAAAACAUGGUCCAGUUUCUUCAAGAAUUGUUUGGACAAAGAUGAUGGCAAUGAAUUUGAAUUUGAAGAACUGGGUGAAUUGUUUCAAUCUGAAGAUGAGGCCGACAACAAUGACGCCAUUGAAGAGGCUAAAGAGUGCGAAGUUAAAGACGAUUUCAACAAAUCCACUCAAUCUUUAACAAACACAGAACUCACUUUGUUAUUGUGCCACGGGGAUCAAAGCGAGAUUUUAAGCCAGACGGUGCCCAUUAUUGAGGAGCAUGAACGCAAGUGGAAGCAGGCUGGCUUAGAUCGCAUACUCAAUACCUUCGAUGCGGAUAAGAUUGAGGAGCAUGUAGGCGGCUGGCUGAGACGCCACAAGAGUUCCUUUGCCAACUGUAGCACAGGUGCACCAGCUGCGACACCAGCAAAACCAGGAGAAGUGUAUACCAGCAGCCGCAGCAACGGCAGCGAUGGCGAGUCUAUGCAUUCUAUGGACACAGCUCGCUAUAUUCGCGAUAGUCGUAAGCGCAAUAUUUCCACCAAAAGCAGCACUUCGCUGACCACUAUCAAAAUGUAUCGCACGCUGCCAUGCAAGCGCGCCGAGCUGCGUGCCAAGUACGCCUGUCAGGCGGAUGAUCUACUCGAGGAGCAGCAGCAUCGCCGUCACAUGCAAGCACUAUCACAAAGAAGAAUUCACUACUUAAGACAUCGGGGGCAUUGCCACAGUUUCACGAGCGUCACUUUCAAUGGACAGCAGCGUCGUAAGAUGUUUCGGAAACGACGCUACACAUCAUUUGUUGCUGCAGCUGCUUCAUCCUCAUCAUCUAGCGACGAAUGUGAGUGCAGAAAACGCUGUUGCAGCUACCGCAUCUACCGCUAUCACAGCGAAUGCCAUUGCCGAGGACAAGACUGUUUACCAGCCCCAUGGAUGCGAGGCAGCGGCAAUAUGUGGACAAAGCGAAAGACGUCUUCCCCAGUGCCCAAUAAAAUGUGCAGACUGGAAAACGAAGAAUUGGAAGACGAUUGCCUUUCUAGUCCAACGGAGUUAACCCUUAGAUCUCCUGCAAGUAUUAAAAAACGGAGAGAUGUCUCUGCGUUUUCUAGCCAAGAGCAGGCUCUACAAUUACGUUUGCCUAAGAGCCAAUCUAAGAGAAAAAUGUCUGAGGACUACAAUUCCAUUUCGGAAAAUCCCAUUAAUGUAAGCACAAAAUUUGAGAAGAGUGAGCAGUCCCAAAUACGCUCGCUGCACACUGCAUCUUCUUUGAAUAUCAACCAGUCGGCGAAAGCAACAAUCUUCUCACCAAUAUCUCAGACAGAUAACGAAGAAAGCGAUUCCUCUGAAAAUUUGCUUAGUAUGAGCCGGAGACUGCAGAAAAGGAAGCAAUCUACACCUGAGCAAACUAACUCCAAUUCGCCUAAUGUUAACAUGACAAGGAGAUCUCGAGCAUCGACAUCGCAGCAAAUCAUGGUGGAUUUGCAAAGUGCUGGCUCUGGGAGUUCCAUUGAUGUCAGGAGUAGAACGAAGGUGAAGGGAAAGCAGUUGCAAAGGAGCUUGCAAGUUAUAGAGUUUGAUGCUACUACAUCUUCUUUACCAAACCAGCUGCAGGUUAUGGAAGCGAUAUCCUCAACAAGAUCUUCAGCAGAUAAACAAGAAAAUGACAGCUAUGAGAAGAAGAAAAGUAAGCAAAUUCCUACCCAGAAGGAAAUUAACUCGAAUUCCCUUAAUAGUUCAUUACAUGCCAAUGCUGACGCGGCAGCAAGAAAUUCAAAGUUUCGUGAUCUACAAAGUGACAGCUCUGAGGAUUCCAGUUAUAUGCGUAGAAGAACAAAGAAGAGACAAAACCAGUCGCAACGGAACUCGGAAAUUCGAGAUUCUAAUGAAGCGAUGUCCACAAAAGGAUCUCCAGCUACUAAACAAAAGAGUCAUAUCUCCGAUAACAUACUUAAUGGGAGCCAAAGAAGGGAAGAGAAAGGAAUGGACGAACUAACUAAUACGAAUAGUCCAAUCCAUGCCAAUACUGACUUGUUAACAAGACAUCCAACACCUAAAAUCAUAGCACUGCUAAGUGACAGCACUGAGGAUUCCAUUAAUGUCCGCAUAAGGCGCAGGAAACACUCCAAAUCUCAGCAGCAAGUCCUUGACUUGGAUUCGGAGCCACAAACUGCCUUUGUGGUAACUGAAAAGGGGAUUCUGCUCCACAAACCAUCAUCCGUUGGAUCUGAAACUGAUAUGAACUCGAGUGAAAACGGAUAUGAUAAGUUUGUGCUCACGGCGAAUAUUCUAAGUCCCUUUAUUGGAAGACGUAAGGCAAGCCGGUUUAUGAAGUAUCAUAUUGGCACAUGUACUUAUGACAGUCGUUUGCACAUCUACUAUCGACCAUCUGCCAAGAUAUUAGCCAACUUAAAAGGCACUACCAUCCUGGGAGAUUUAGAUUCCUCUAGUUGCAGUGAAAGCGAUGACGUUUUUGAGAUGUUCGGUCGAUAUGGAAGUAUCGUAGAAUCAAAUACGUAAAUUUGUAACAUAAUAAUUUAUGUUUUUUGGAAGCACCUAGUUAUAUGUUAUAAACUGAUUGUUAUAGUAUUAAACAUUUUUAUAACG